GAGUGAUACCUCUUUACCGUUUCCGCUUCCCUGGUGAAAAAGUCGCACCUGGUCACACCUGCCAGGUAACUUCUUACUUCCCUUCCGAGAAACAACUGAAUUAGUGAGUUUGUUUCUCAUGAACAAAGGUACGGAUUAUUUCGGUGAUGUGACCGAAUGAAAAAACAGGGAAAUCAACAAAAAUGACUUUUAGCAACCAGAAGUAGCUUUGCUAACAGUCAGACUCUUGACAGUGCAACAGGUAUUGGCUGAAAAGAGAGAAAACUGGAUUUAAAAGCUCAAGAAUGUCUGGCCAAGGUGGUUUAAUCUCAGAAUUAAUUGAAGACGUGGCACUUUCACCUGACGGUCCAACUGCAGAGCCACAAAUAGCCGGAAAUAAAAAGCCGCAAGAGAGUGACAGUGUUGAGGAAAGACACAAGAUUACAGAUGAUGAUGAUGAAGAAGAAGAAGAGGUGUUGAAGGAGGAGCAAGAUCAAGAGGAGGAAGAGGAAGAGGAAGAGGAAGUGACCGGCUCUGCUCUUCUAGAGCCAAGCACAUUACCAUGGCCUGGAGACAAAGACAAGAGGCCUCAGCUGGACAAUGACGAUGGAGUCUGGUCAGAAAAAGGAGUUUCAGAGCCUGAGGAGAGGGACACGGGGAUCAGCAGAGGAAGCCAAGACCUGUCUGAGGAGCAGAGCCAGUCAGAGAGCGAGAGAAAGAGCAAAGCCAAGUGGAGGGAGAGCAUGCCCGAAGGGGAGAGGUGGAGGGAUGAUGAGAUCGAGGUACAGAGAGACGAUAAAGGGGACGGCUCGCAGGCAGACGAUGAAGAGGAGGACGAUGAUGAAGAGGAGGAAGAUGAGUCAAAUUGGAUGUCAGAGAAAGCUGCUCUCAGUUUCACUCCACAAGUCACGAUUGUGCAUCCGUCCAGCAAAGAGCUCCCUGAGGGGAGCCAGCUCUUCAUAGAGAAGGACGAUGAGAGGGAGCCGCAGGUGGAGCCUGCCUCAGCAAUGCAGUAUUACCCAGAGUGGAUGGAGCAGGACGACAAGUACUACAUGUGUGAGCAUCUGUGCAGUGAAAAACUGAGGCUGGCUCUAGCGACGGCGGCUGCAGCGCUCCUCUUCCCUCUCCUGGUGUGGGGAGGCUACAAACUCCUUCCCUUUGACUCGCCGCUGCUGAAGAGCCCCCCCCUCAGGGUGGUGUACACACUACGCUGCGCCUUCUUUGCCACCAUCCCCAUCCUGCUUGGUGUGGUGGUGCAGGGCAUAGCCCGGCUGCGAUACAACUCACUGAAGCCGCUCUAUCAGAGUAAACUGGUGGACAGAGAGGUCGCUGUGCACUGGCACUACGUCAACGAAUCAGUGGGCCUCUUCCUCUUCUACUUCCUGCAGCUCACCGUCAUGGCAACCUACGUCAGCCAGGAGAUGGUCAAACUGGUGCCACUGCUCACCAUCAUAUUUGUCUUUGGCAGGCUGAUCUACUGGCUGGCCUCUCCCCUGGGCAGCACCAUCAGAGGCCUUGGCUUUGGCUUCUCCUUCCUCCCCAUACUGGUCAUGCUGGGCGCCAACUUCUACUACGUCUGCUCGUCAGUCGGACAAGGGUCCGUUUUCGACAUUGCACCUCCCACAACGGCUCCUCCUCCCAGCCAGCGUUGGUGGGGUUGAAGGGCCACGUCCAAGAGACAGUAAGGAGCUAAGAGACAAACAACUGCCGUAAAUAUCACAACAAAACAACACCGAUGGAAAAACUCCUUCUUUUAAUGUCUUUUGAAAGUUGUAAUCCUAACAUCGAUUUGGUGGCACCUGUGGUUACUCAUGGUAAUUGCAAAUGUGGUUUGAUAUUACAACUGUUGUGCCAGUUUACAGUGCAGCCAAACAAACAUGUUGUUUUGAUAAAGAAGUUAGUCAACCUAAACUGAAUCUUAAUCAAAUUUUAAGAUCAAUCUGCUGAUGAGAAACCACAGGAAAUGACUGUAUGUAAUGUAGACACAUUUUUGAUGAACGAUCGCGAUCAAUGUUAGCUGCGGCAACAAACAUGUUGCGUUUUCUGUGGCUGCUUCACAAUAAAAGCCACCCAGUGCUUUGCUAGUUGAAUGCUUUUAAUGGGAAGCAGCAGGAAAGCAGUAAUUUAAUAUUUGGUAACUUGAUACAGUGUAAAGAGAGCGAACAGUAAAUACUGUUGUCAGUGAGAUAAAAAUGAUCCUGGGUUAUAUACCUGCACUCUAAAUCUAGCAUAGAAAUGGUGGACUCCUAAUUACUAAUUAUUGAAUGUAAAUAUAUUAAAUGGCAAUUGCAGAGAGUAGUGUCAAGACUGUACUCUCUGUAUGUAUCUGAAAAAUGCAGAAAUACAACAAUAUUCACAUUGUAGAUAGAAAAGAAGUUUACUCCAAAAAAGCUUCUAUACUCAUGCAAAUUAAAACUUAAGAAGGCCUCUUUUCACAACAUGUUUACUAUUUUUGUACAAUUUAUUUUCCAUUGUGAACCUUUAAAUAGCCUGCAACUUCUUCUUGUCUUGAACUGAUGAAAUCCAGUUUUGAGGUUGAAUAGUUUCAGUAUGAGACAUCCAGUAUUUGGAUGUGAGGCAACCACAAAACUGUCAUGGAAAAAUAAACACAUGAAACCAGAAAACUGUCAGUUAUAAGCAUUCAAUCACAAGAGCUGGAUAUCAAAAGUAAAUAUUUGAGGGUUAUGCAGAUUUUUUUUAUAUGAGGUUGAAUUAUUAGCAUUGAGUUGUUUUAUGAAUUCUAAUAUUUUAUUUUGUUGUCACACAGCUGGUACUAGUGGUAAUCUUUCAACUUUAUAUUUAUAACUGAGACUGUUGAAUGCAUCUUUGUUUAUUGAUCAAAGGCUUUACUUUGUUUAUAGCAACAGAGGUUGCUGGGCUAUUUUUUAGAUUAUUUUCUUUCUAUUCUCAGUGUAUGAAUGAAUGUGUAUUUAAAGUAAAUAUGAUCAAUAUUUGGGACCUUGAAUGAGUAAAAUAAAGCUUCAUUUCCAAAUAUUAUAAACAA